CGCGUCUCUUAUCUCCAGCCCAGUCGUUGGCGGGUUUCUCUUGUGCGUCUGCUAGAUGUUCAUCAUGAUCCCUGUUUCCUUGCAGCUCGUCUUCGUCUGCGCUGUGGCCUACGCGCUUUAUCGACGGCUCAGGUCGACUGGUGAACAACAAUGUCGUCCACCUGGUCCACCGGGUUACCCAAUCAUCGGGCACCUGGGCCUGGUCCCGCACAAGUCGCCAGAGCGCGCGUACAUGGAGUGGAGUCGGAAAUAUAAUUCGGACCUCAUCCAUGUCAAGAUCUUUGGGCAGUCCAUCGUCGUCAUUAACUCGCUCGAGGCGGCCACGGAGAUGCUUGAGAAGCAUGGCUCGAUUUAUAGUGACAGGCCGGCGUUUUCGUAUUUCGAAACCCUGGGCUACCACGACCAUCUCACCUUCAUGAGCUCUCGAGACCCCAUGUUCGCUAUGCAUCGGCGUCUCGUGCAGAACGCGUUUUCGAAGACAGCAAGUCGCAAAUUUACUGCGAUACAAGAGAAUGAGGCGAGGAAGCUCGUGCGGCGUAUUUUGCUUGAUCCGAAGGAUUGGAAGAGGUUGAUGCGACUCUUCAGCACUGCAGUCAUCAUGCAGAUAAUGACUGGGCAAGAAGUCAGGGGACCGGACGAUGAAUAUGUGAGGAUUGCAGAGGAUAUCAACAAUGCUAUCAGCGGUGGGCCACCACUAGGAGCGUCGGGACUGGAUGUUUUCCCAUGGCUGAAGCACCUCCCGAGCUGGUGCGACCCGACGGGGUCGACGCGCUACGUGCGGAAGUGGGCGCACGCAAUACACGACGUGCAAGUUGUGCCAUAUGAGCGCGUUAUGAAGGAGAUCAGAGCAGGCAACGCAAAGCCGUCGCUCGUCGUGGAUAUGGUUCUGAAAGAAGAGGCUCGAGUACAGCGUGGAGAACCGCCCUUAUUGACUCCAGAGCGCAUCCAGGGAAUUAUUGGUGCGGUGUAUGGAGCUGCGCAGGAAACCACCGCCGACACGCUUGUCGUCUUCACGUUCGCCAUUACCAUGUACCCGGAGGUCCAGAAGAAAGCGAAGGCUGAGCUCUACGCUGUCCUAGGGUCUGAUCGUCUUCCUAGUCUGGCUGACCGUGAGCACCUGCCAUAUAUCGAGCGCGUCGUACAAGAGACUUUUCGUUUCUGGCCUACCAUUCCGCUGGGCGUCCCGCGCAGGGCAAUGGAGGAUGACAUGUACAAGAACAUGUUGCUCCCUAAGGGCUCUCUCAUCCUGACGAACUCGACUGCCAUCACGCACGAUGAGCGCGUUUACUCGCAGCCCUGGAAAUUCGACCCAGACCGUUACCUGCCGAAGGAGCAGGGUGGUCGUGGCGAACCGAUGACGGCGCCGCAUUUUGGAUUCGGGAGGCGCAUUUGCCCCGGCCGUUUCACCGGCGAGAACUCGGUCUUCAUCGCCAUUGCGACGAUGCUGCACGUCCUCUCUUUCGACAAGGCGCGCGACGAGGAAGGGAAUGAGAUCACUGUCGACGCGGAGACGACGGAAUAUGGAGGUGGGCUGGGGAGCUAUCCACUCCAUGUACCAUGCGACAUCUCUGCGGCUAGCGCGCACGCUGCGGAGCUGGUGGCGGAAUAUGAUGCGUAGGAUAUCUGACAAGGCGAGCCCAUGGACUUCAGAAAGGCCAUUAAGAGGGUCAAUAUCCAUACAUGAAGAGAUCGGUCCCUCAGCAGAGACGAUGAGUAGUCUCUUCAACGAAUCUGGAUACGACAUCA